UUCACCUUAACCAUUUUUCACACAAAUCUCCAACCUCAUAUCUUUCUCUAAUCUCUUCUAUCUCCUUACACUCUUCUUCUCUUCUCAGCUACAUUACUAUAUUAAGUUCAAAAAAAUGCAUUACCAAACAGCAUCAUGGGGAAACUACCACAUGACCCCAACAAUGAUGUGUGACCCAUUAGAGAGAAUAGAAAGACUAGCAUCAGAAAACGCAGUAGUGAUUUUCAGCAUAAGCACUUGUUGCAUGUGUCAUGCUAUCAAGAGAUUGUUCUGUGGAAUGGGAGUGAAUCCAGCUGUUCAUGAACUUGAUGAAGAUCCAAGAGGCAAAGAACUUGAAAGAGCACUUAUGAGACUUCUUGGUACUUCAAAUGUUGUUCCUGUUGUUUUCAUUGGUGGUAAACUUAUUGGUACUAUGGAUAGAGUCAUGGCUUGUCAUAUUAAUGGUUCUCUUGUUCCUCUUCUCAAACAAGCUGGUGCUCUUUGGCUUUGAAAAAUUUAUCAAAAAAAAAAAUCCCUUCUUAACUAUUUGCAAAAUGGAUAACUUAUUACAAGUCGUUAGAACAAAAGAAAACUAUUUUAUUAUAACUCUAACGAUUUGUAGUUAGUUGCGUCUAUUAGAUGUAAAAGUUAGUUAUACUAGUUUAUUACGAUAAACUAGUGUAACUAAAUUAGUUACAUUUAGUAGUUAUCCAACUUGUUAAGAUAGUUAAUUGAUGGAAGAAAAAAAUUGAAGAGGUUAUUUUCAUUAUUCACUCUUCAUUAUACUACUAAUGCUAGUACUACUAUUAUUAAAGUGGGUUCAUUUUGAAACUCUUGUGUUUUUUUUUUUUUUAGUUUAAUUAGUUUGGUUUUUUUUUUGGGUGGUUAUUAUUUGGGUUUGUUAUUGUUUUUUUGUUUUUGUUUUUUUUAAUUUAAGGUUUCCUUCCUAUGUAAAGACAAAAAGCAUAUUGGAAGAAGAAAAAAAGGAGCUAAUUUUACUGUUUA